AUGUCAACAUGUUUCACCAGAGAACAGAAGGAAAUGCUCAAACAGAAGGGUGUUUACCCCUAUGAAUACAUGGACGGUUUCGAUAAGCUCGAAAAAGCGUCACUUCCGCCGAAAAGCAAAUUCUUUAGCAAGCUGAACAAUGCAGAUAUCAGUGAUGCGGAUUACGAAAGGGCGCAGAACGUGUGGAACGUCUUCGGCAUGAAGACUAUGAGGGACUAUCAUGACCUGUACCUGAAAACGGACGUCCUGCUCCUGGCAGACGUGAUGAAAAAUUUUAGGAAGGUCUGCAAGACAAACUACGGACUGGAUCCAAUGUGGUACUACACAGCGCCCGGACUCGCUUGGGACGCUGCGCUGAAGCUGACGGAAGUGGAAUUGGAGCUCAUCUCCGAUCCGGAUAUGUACCUAUUCAUUGAAAAGGGUAUUAGAGGUGGAAUUAGUACCAUUACCAAAAGGUAUGCAAUAGCAAACAAUAAGUACAUGGUUAAGUACGAUCCUAAAAAGGAAAGCAUACACAUUCCCUAUAUGGAUGCAAACAACCUGUACGGAUGGUCAAUAAAUCAACCUCUACCCAUCAGAGACUUCAAAUGGAUGAGUGAUGAGGAGCUGGAAAAGUGGAGAAACUAUGGUUGUAUCCUUGAAGUGGACCUGGAGUAUCCUAAGGAACUGCAUGACAAGCACAACGAAUACCCCCUCGCGCGCGAGAGAAUGGAGAUCAACAAGGUGGACAAGCUUAUUCCGAAUCUCAACAACAAAGAGAAAUAUGUCAUCCACCACAAGACGCUAAAGCAAUGCAAUGCCUAAGUCUAGGGUUAAGGUUAACCAAGAUACAUCGUGAGGUAAGGUUCGUCGAAGAGCCAUGGCUGAAGAAAUAUAUCCAACUCAAUACGGACCUGCGUACCAAAGGUACUACGGACUUCGAGAAGGAUUUCUUCAAACUGAUGAACAACUCGGUAUUCGGGAAAACAAUGGAAAACGUCAGGAAAAGGGUCAACAUCAGGCUCGUUAACGACGAGAAGAAGUGGAAUAAGUUGGCUCAAAAGCAUAACUUUAAAUCUGCAACCAUCUUCUCCGGAAACCUUGUGGCAGUUCACAUGGAAAGAACAUCUGUAAAGCUAAACAAACCCAUCUACCUCGGGAUGAGCAUACUCGACCUAAGCAAAACCCUCAUGUGCGAUUUUCAUAAUGAAUACAUCAAGCCAAAAUAUGGGGAGAAUGCCAGACUCCUAUUUACGGACACGGACUCCCUGUGCUAUGAAAUUAAAACCGAGGAUUUCUUUAAGGACAUCUCCAACGAUGUUCACGAAAAGUUCGACACCAGCAACCCCGUCCGGAAUUCCGACAGGUGUAAAUAAGAAGGUUAUCGGGAUGAUGAAGCUAGAAACGGGUGCAAAGCAGAUUGAAGAGUUCGCAGGGUUAAGGUUAAAGCUAUACGCCUACAAAAUGGCGGAAGAUGGAUGGUGAUGAGGAGAAAAAGUGUAAGGGUGUUAAGAAAGCAGUCAUCAAAAAGGAGAAAACAUUCGACAACUAUAAGGAAUGUCUCUUCAGCGGCAAAAGGCAAUGGAGGGGAAUGAAUGUCUUCAGAAGUAGGUUGCAUGAAAUAUAUACGGAAAGGGUUAUUAAGGCAGCCCUAUCGGCAAGCGAUGAUAAGAGGAUGGUCAAUAGGGAUGGGAUAAACACGGCUGCAAUUGGACAUAAGGAUCUAAGGAAACAAUAAAGCAUGCGCGUUUAUUUUUAAUGUCCGCGAGGGAUAUUAAAAAUUUAUCCUAGGUUCACAAAAGCCUCUUCCAAGGUUCCGCCACCUUCUCCCUCAAACACUUUGGCUCCUGAAGCUUUACCUGAACGGAAACCAUAUUUCCAGAUAGGUAUAUGCUUGAAAUCCUAAUCAAAGCAUCCAAGUAGAAGUGUCCGUCGCGCUCCUACAUCGGACUUAUAUCCCCGCUCCCGUCCUCCCUGUAUAUCGCUGUACUCUGGUCAAUUUUCGCAUACAAAACCGGUUGCCUUAAUAUAAUAAUAAUAUAUAAAGAUUUAUACAGCGCUUAAAUUAUAUAAAAUAUUCCAAAGCGCUUUACAACAAUAAAGUUAUACUAUAUACAAGUAGCUAAAAUAUUAAGAAUUAAGGUAUAGGUGUCUAUAAAUCUAAAAGUUAGAAUCGAAAGCUUUCUUAAAAAGGAAAGUCUUUAAUUGAGAUUUAAAACAGUCAAUUGUUUUACUAUUUCUAAUACCAGAAGGUAGCAUGUUCCAAAUUGACGGAGCUGCAUGCACAAAUGCUCGAUCACCAAGAGUCUUGGCUCUAGUUUUUGGGAUAAAAAGUAGUCCCUGAUCAUCAGAUCUCAGUUGGUAACAGCAGUUCGGUUUUUCUAACAACAGUUCCAUAAUGUAGCCUGGCGCCAUCCCGUGGAGAGCUUUAUAUACCAGAAGUGCAAUUUUAAAAUCAACACGAAACUUGACAGGCAGCCAGUGAAGGUGCAUCAGGACAGGGGUAAUAUGAGCACAUCUUGGUAUAAGACACGUCACUCUAGCAACGGCAUUGAGAACUCGUUGAAGACGCAAAAGUUGGUAUUGGGGAAUGCCGAACAAGAGAGAAUUGCAGUAGUCCAAGUGUGACGUCACAAAGGCAUGUACGAGCGUUUUAGUUGAUUCGAUGGAGAGAAACUUCCUUAUUUGUCGGAUGUUGUACAAGCCCCUAAAUGCUUUGCUGCAAACCUUGCCCACAUGGACAUUCAUCGACAUAUGUUCGUCAAACCACGAACCUAGAUUUCGGACUUCUUGUACAGGUUUUAUAUCAGCAUCACCAACUUCAAUCGAGUCGAUUGUAACCUUAGACAGCUGCUGGCGAGUUCCAAUUAUCAAGAAUUCCGUUUUAGUGUCAUUGAACAUUAAUUUAUGUGAAACUAACCAAGCACGAACUUCGACGAUGCAAUUAUUAAUAGUUUGAAUAGCUUGGUCUUGGACAACGGGUGACUCAGGACGGAAAGAUAAAUAAAGUUGAGUGUCAUUUGCAUACCCAUGGGAAGAAGGUAAGUGCCUGUUAAUAAUCUGGAACAGUUGAGACACGUAUAAUAGGAAAAGGACCGGUCCAAGACAGCUUCCUUGUGGUACUCCACAGUUCAACGUAAAAUUGGCGGAAAACUUUUGUUUAAUAUUAAUACGCUGCUUUCUACAGGAAAGAAACGACUUAAUCCACUUUAA